AUGGCAAUACACAAGAUAGAAACAGGUUCACAAUGGAAGAUUACAUCGGGUUCGUUUAUUUAUGGACCAACUACAGCUAUUAAAGAACUCAUUGAUAAUAGUAUCGAUUCAGGGGCGAAAAGUAUAUUCAUUGAUGUAGAUUCAAAAACUGGUGGAUGUGACUAUUUCAGCGUUAGAGAUGAUGGUGUUGGAAUAAGUGAGGUAGAUCGAAGUCUACUUUGCUUAAACCAUACAACGUCUAAGAUUACAACAUUUGAUGAUUUACAAAAUUUAAGCGCUUUGGGAUUUCGAGGUGAAGCACUCUUUAUGUUAGCAACUUUAAGUGCAGAAAUUGGAUCUAUGCAAAUAAUGACAAGAACCAAAGAUGAUCCAAUUGGGACUAAAUGGUUUGUUGAUGUAAAUGGUCAGGUCAAGACAGAUAGUGUAAGUAGAUCAUCCACUCCACCUGGUACGACAAUAACUAUCAGAAAAUUGCUAGGUGGACUCCGAUCUAGAGAUAUUGAAAUGCGAUCUAAUAUACGGCGUACGUUAGAAGAAAUUAAAUAUAUGAUUAACCACUACACCUUAGAUUUUAGGAAUAUUAGGUUUAAUUUAUCGUUCGUAUCUUUAAAGAAGAACGGUACUGUAUCGACAAAGAAUUUACAACAAAGUGUCACUACGAAUAUAUCGAAGAUGAGAGCAUUAUCAGCAAUCCUUCAAUUAAGGAAGUCAGUAUCAUUAAAUUUUUUGGAAAUAAAAUCAUUAGAUAUAAAUAAACACAUCAGCAUAGAAAUGAUAUUACCGAGAAUGAUAAUUAAUUCUGAUGUAAUAGAUUAUAAGAAGACAAUGAAAUUUCUUUCAGUGAACGAUAGGGCAAUGUCUCUUCAGUUGUACUUCGGUAAAGAGGUUAAUAGGACUAUUAAUUCUAUUUACAGAGAUUUAAAAUUGUUAGAGCCUCAUGUGUGGUACAUUAAUUUCAAGAUUGAUAUGAAAAUUAUCGAUAUUAAUAUUGAACCAGAAAAGAAUGACAUAUUAUUGAAAGAUAACGAUGCUUUACUGAUUCAAAUUCGAAAUUGCAUUAUAAAGGUACUUGAAGUUGAAUUUAAUAUUAAACCAGACUCUCCCACAAAAGAUAAUGAAAAUCAUUCGGAUGAUAUAAUUGAAACAUUAUCGCAACCCUUUAAUACAUCUAAGGAGUUAAGUAUUGGGUACGUUGACGACACCGAAUCCACUGUUGUGCAGCCUCAAGAAGGUAAAGAAGGGGAAGGGGACGAAGAACUUGAGAAGAAAGAAAUUUUUAUUUCAGAUCCCGAUAUGGGAACUGUUUCUAAGGUGGAGGAGGUCGAUAUCGAUGAAAAACAUGAUAAUGUCAUUGAUAUAAAGAAAUCGAUAGAAGUGGUAGAUGGUGCUAAUGAGGAAGAAAAAGAAGAGGAUGAUGAUGAUGAUUGGACUCAUACAUUAUUAGAGAAAUCGCCUACAUUGGAUAUUGAAAUAAUUGGUUCGGAAGAGGACGAGGACAUUCAGUCCUCAUUAAAAUAUCAGAAUGACGUUAAUAUAGUGGAUCAUGAUGAGGACUUGUAUUUAUCCAAGGAUAUGUCACUAUCCAAUCCCUUCAUUAUCGCUAAGAUGAAUAGUUCUAAUAGGACGAAAAAGAAGCAAGACUUUAUGAUGCAGAGCCAAGUAGAUGACACGCCCUUAAAUGAACUACUCAGUAGGAAAAGACGUGUCUCUAGCGAUACAGAGGAAAAAUUAAUAGAAUUACAGGUAAAACAACAAAACAGUACAAAAUCGAGACCUAUCGUUAACUCUCUAGUAGCAGCAAAGAAAGGUAGAAGUAUCCGAAUGUUUUCAGAGUACACAAAUAGUCAAAUGUUACAAUUACAAUAUUAUCCCAAUGAUAUGACUGUUACGAAGGACGAAGAGGAUUUUAAAGGUGGAAAAUUACAGUCAAUGCCGUCGCAUAAUAUUUGCAGCAAGUUAGAAAGUUUAUUUUUCGAUCGAAAAGAAAAGGGUUCUUUAAGGAAAUGUCUCACCGUUACACCAAGCGGUUGGUAUAUUUUUAAUAGCGAUACAUCAAGUAAAUGA